AUGUCCGAAAAACUUCACAAUCGGAAAAAAAAAGUGGUAGAGGAUGAAAAUGUGAUAGAAGAGUUUGAUGCAGAUGAAGUUGACGAUUCUAACACGCCAACUACUGAAGAUGCACCAGUUUCCAGAUCUCAUUCACGACACUCCCGUCACAAGCAGGCAAAAGACAAAAGCGAGAUCAAGAAAAAGUUGUACCAGACAAGAAGAGCCACCUUUGUUCUCGGUGCUGUGAUUGGCUUAUUGAUAACCAUUGUGAUCACUGCAGCUUCGUCCGAUGACAUCAAGUCUGAAUUGGAUAAGCUAGUAUCGUUCGAUUCUGUGAGCGAUUUGUUUGAAGAUUUGAAAGGUUCGUUUCCUCAAGGUAGUCAGCUGAUGCUCGAAUUUGAUGAAUCCAAAAAAGGCACAGAAUUGCAUGGCUCAGCUGAAUCUUUUUCCGUAGGAAAGAGAAUGAAGAAAGUGCAUAACCUCACCGAAAAAUACAAUGUUGUUUUAGUCCCUGGUGUUAUUUCCACUGGUAUAGAGUCAUGGUCUAUUAACGAUGAAGGAGACUGUCCUUCUACACCUCAUUUCAGAAAGAGAUUAUGGGGAUCUUACUACAUGCUAAAGACGAUGGUAUUAGACAAAGCAUGUUGGCUCAAGCACAUUAAGCUUGAUCCUGUCACUGGAUUAGAUCCACCAAACAUUAAGUUGAGAGCAUCGCUGGGCUUCGAUGCAGCAGAUUUUUUUGUGGCUGGUUACUGGAUUUGGAAUAAAGUUUUACAGAAUUUGGCUGUCAUUGGGUAUGGUCCCAACACCAUGACUAGUGCCGCUUACGACUGGAGACUAGCAUACCUUGAUUUGGAGAAAAGAGAUGGCUUCUUCACCAAAAUGAAACUUUCAAUCGAAAUGUCGAAGAAGUUGAGCGGAGAAAAGACAUAUCUCGUGGGCCACUCCAUGGGGUCCCAAAUUGUUCUUUACUUCUUGAAAUGGGUAGAGGCCGAAGGUGAGUUUUACGGUAAUGGAGGUCCUAACUGGUGUAAUGAAUAUUUAGCUGGGUUCAUCAAUAUCAGUGGAUCGCUCUUGGGAGCUCCUAAAGCUAUAUCUGCCUUGAUUUCCGGUGAAAUGAAGGACACUGUACAAUUGAAUCAAUUAGCUGUUUAUGGAUUGGACAAGUUUUUCUCCAAAAAGGAAAGAGUGGAGAUGCUUCGUACAUUCGGAGGCGUUCCUUCAAUGUUACCUAAAGGUGGCGACGUGAUCUGGGGUAACAUUACAGCAGCACCGGAUGACCCAACUAACCAUCUCAUCACCAAUACAAGUGACGUUGAAAUCAGUGGGACAAAAUCUGACACUUUUGGUACUUUUAUUAGAUACAAAGCCAAGUCCAACGAAUCAGCGUCAAUCACAGGAAUUGAAGAGGAUGAAAAGGACUUUUCCAUGAUGGACAGUAUCGACUUGCUUCUCAAUACGUCACCCAAAUGGUUUAGAGACAGGGUCAAGGAACAAUACUCCUUUGGUAUAGCACAGACAAAAGAGGAGCUUGAGGAGAAUAAUCACAAGCACCUGAAAUGGUCCAAUCCUUUAGAAGUGACUCUUCCCAAAGCUCCAGACAUGAAGAUUUUCUGCUUUUACGGAGUGGGUAACCCCACAGAGAGAGCAUACACUUAUAAAGAAGACCUCACUUCUGGGCUCCCUCUUGUCAUUGAUACAGAAAGUAAGAACCCUGUGUACUUUGGUGAUGGAGAUGGCACUUUGUCUUUAAUGACACACACUAUCUGCCAUGAGUGGCAAAAGGAAGGAUCUAGAUUCAAUCCUGCUGGUAUUGACGUAAAGGUUGUGGAGAUUAAACAUGAGCCAGACAGAUUUGAUAUUCGUGGUGGUGCAAAAACAGCAGAGCACGUUGAUAUUCUUGGAUCUGCAGAGUUGAAUGAAUUGGUGCUUAAAGUUGUUUCUGGCCACGGAGACUCUAUCAACAACUCCUACGUUUCUGAAUUGGCCGAUAUCGCCAAACGUCUUGAAAUUUAG